AUGGGGAGCAGGCACUGCAAGGUGGCACGUGCUCCUCAAGUGAACGAGGGAAAAGCGGAGCUGCCGGGCCCGGCGGGGCACGGAGAUGGGCUGCAGCCCGGCCACGAGCCCCGGCCGGUAGAGCCCGGCCAUGAGCCACAGCCCGGCGCCCUGCCGGAGCGGGCGGAGCCCGGCGAUGAGGCGGAGCCCGGCGAUGGGCCAGGCCUCCAGGGCUGCAGCGGAGGCUGGGCGGGCCCUGGCUGCUGCCGCUGGUGGGCGAAGCUAAGGCGGCGCAGACGCGGGGCGGGCGUGGCGGGCGGCAGCGAGCAGAGCAGGCGGGUGGCGGGCGAGGAGAAGCUGAAGGAGUAUCAGCAGAAAAAUAGCCCUGGAGCAGCUGCAGGAACUAAGAAAAAACGCAAAACUAAAGAUGACUGUCGGCCCGAGACACCCACGGGCGAUGACCAGCAGCCUCCAGAGAAUGCAUACUUUGACAGUGAUGUUGCCACUCGUAGCGCUGAACAGCUUGCUCCCAAUGUCCCUGUGCUAUUGAACAGCGACAGUCUACCUAAUUGUCGUUCUGCUCUGUCUGCUCCUGGGAGCGUGCAGCUGACACAGAUUCAUGAAGCUGAGGAUCAUAAAAAUGCUUUGGAUGAGAACAGGUCUUUAUCAUCAACAGAAAGUCUCCGCCAGUUGUCUGAACAACUCAAUGGCCUGGUUUCUCAGAAAGAGCAGAACCAGGAGGCAGUGGAUCAGCUGGAGAAGGAGAAGAAGGAGCUGGAAAAGAAAUUUUCUGAAGAGCAAGCCGCGCUGAGGGAACAGCUACAGGUUCAUAUCCAGACUAUUGGAAUUCUAGUUUCCGAGAAGUCUGAGUGUCAGACGGCACUUGCACCUACUCAGCGAGCUGCACAGGAGAAAUCAGGAGAAGCCGAGAGCUUUGCUGCUCCUUUACGUUCAUCUCGCCAAAGGGUAUUGGAGCUGGAACGUACUUUGGCCUUCGUCUCUCUGCUGCAAAAACAGGCAGAGAAGCAUAACGAAGAGUUAAUGAAGGAGCGAGAAGACCUGAAACUGGAGCUGUACAAACAGAGCAAAAGUAGUGAGGAAAUAAAGAAGCAGAAUGCAGAGCUGUCAGAGAAGGUUCGCUGCCUGGUUUCCGAGAUCUCAGCUAUGGAGCUGGAUAUAGAGGAUUUGCAUCAGAAACUGGAAAUGGCUGAACUGAUGAUCCAACAGCUCUCGGAGUCAGUUCACCAGCUCCAGGCAGAAAGAGAUCAGUAUGUAGAGAAACUGAAGGAGGAGCAGAGCAUUUGGCAGCAGCAGGUGCAGCAGCUCUCUGAACAGGUCCAUGCAAUGGCAGACAAGAAGGAGGAGCAUAUGGCCUGAGGAGAUGAUGACGUGGACUCCUGAGUUCGACCAGAAGACCUUUUAUUAGUCCAGAACCCACGCUUAUAAUAUCCUCGUUUGCUGUUCACGCGCCCCAUACUAAAGUAUCAUUGGUUCAUACACGUCUUGGCUACAUAGAAUUGGUUAAUUACUAAGCUGCAAAUGCACUGAACCUCUUGCAUUUUUUUUCUCUCUUCUUUCUUAUCUCUGUGAGUUUCAUGUUCUCAGCCAGCCGCCGAGAUGUGGCAUCGCGCAUCCGCUCUGGCCUUGCUUCAUAUCGCGUCUUCCUUCCAGGCGUUCAGCCAACCUUAUCUUACUUUCUCUCUUCUUUAGCCUUCAAGGCCCUUCACAGGCAUCGUGGCCUCCAGCACUGGACAUAAAGCUCUCUACAAUUCCCCCGUCUUUAUUUUGAACAGAAACAACAUUAGAGGUUAAACUACUUUUGAAUCAUAGAUCUUACACAGUUCAGCGUACAGGGAAUAAUGGUCAAUAUAAGUACAAUUAGCAAUAACAGUAUUCCUCUGCGAGUUGUAAACUCCUGCAACCAUCUGGUGGUUCCCCAAGACUUGAAAAGAUUCCGCAACCAAUCUCCCAAUAGUUCAUGCUGUGAGCCCUGUGACAUGUCCUUCAAUUCUUGUAACUGAGUGUGAAUCGAUGCGGAAUGGCCCGGAAGGUUCAUACAACACAUUCCUUAGUGCUGUGCACUAUAGGCUACUGCAGAGGAACGAAGCUGGGUUAAUUAGCAUUGAUAAUAUACAGCCGUGGGCUGGCUUCAGGGGCGGUGGGUGGGCUGGUGUAGACAAGGUGCAGCUGUGGCUGGUUCUGUGAAGCGGUUGGGCAGCCGAGGAAGAGAGGGCAGCCAAGGAAGAGAGGGGAGGAAGAAGCAGAGAGGGUGAGUGUGCCCUGGAUGAGUCAAGACGAGACGAAAAGGCAGCAGAGGGACUGCCAUGAAAAGUGUGGUGGUAAAAGACCUUGUUGCAGCUGGCUAGUUUGGAGAGUGCUGUGGCAGGCUACUCGCUGCUGUUCACUUAGCUUCUACAGGUGAGAUCACAUUCCUCCUUUCUUUCUGUCUCAUCCUGGUUUCUUCUCAUACUCCCUCAAAGUUAUUUGGCUCUUUGCUGCAGGUUCUCAGCUGCACAUUAUCAAUGUCAAAACAACCCACUGUCUCUGUUUUCUACAAUUCACCCCUGUUUGUGGGUUUUGGUUUUGUUUCUUUGUUGUUUUUUAUUUUGUAAAAGGUUGCUUUACCAUGUUAUGGAAUUUUCAUCCCUUUUUCUUUUGUUUUCUGUCUCAUUACUUAAUUACCAAUUUUGGCUUUAUUUUAUGUGUACAUUUGUACAUUUCAAUCAGGUUCACAAAAUGUUAAAGUUGUUAUCGGUGCAUUUCAUACAGAGGUCAACAUACAGGUUUAUGAUUAUUUACAAGAACAUGCAAUAAGCUAUGGAAAUUGUAUGAAAAUAUUUUUCAGAAACUUCUAAUCAAAUAAAUGAGCAUGAGAAAUUGUGUUUAACUUGUAAAUUCUACGUAUAAGCUGUUAAGAAACAUUUUCUAUCCUAAAAUGAAUAGAUAAAACCUACUUAAAAGCUCUUGAAAUCUUGCCCUUGGGCGAGUGUUCCGCUGUGCCUCCAUUCUAAAGCAUGGAAGUGGAAAUUGUGUAGAGCAAAGUUUUACUUUAAAUAACUGCUCAACUGUUAUUGCUGCUGUUCAAAGAACCUGAAAGCACACAACGAAGACUUGGAACUAAACAAACAUCUGAGUGGACACCUCUAGAUUGUUACUGGAAUUAAAUGCAGAAGUUAACUAUAAAAGUUUCUCAAAAUGUU